AACUACUGUGAGUGAGUUCCCUCGAUUGUGUUUGUUUCUAACUUUAUCACAGUUGUUCGCCUUGUUUUAAGUUAAUUACACAUUUUAUUUUCAGGCAUGGGUAUUACUGUGAUACUCUGUCGUAUUCACAGCUAACAGUUUCCGACAGUAUUACUAGUUUGUGGCCAUAUUUUGACCGCAGUUCGUCGCCUUCAGUUCCAUUUAAACGUGCUGUAACCGAACAGUAAGCUAACGUUGGUUUUGUAGUAGUCACCGACCUCUUCACGGUGGAACAAUACACGGUGUUGCGAUUAGUGGGACGAAAAGCAGGAUGACAGCGCUGUUACAGCAUCCAGGAUAUGAGGAGGAGAGGCUGCAGAGGGUCGCAGAGCAGCUGCCCUGUAGAGAGGUCCAGGCUGGGCUGCUGCUGUCACUGAUGGGACAGCCACAGCAGUACAGUUACCCCUCAAUCUUCAUCUACGGUCAUCGGGCCUCAGGGAAGAGUCAUGUGAUGCACGUUUUGCUGAAGGAACUUGAGCUGCCUCACGCCACAGUCAGCUGUGUCGAAUGUGUUUCCGUCGCGUUGCUGUUUGAGCAAGUGCUGCUGUCCUUUUUUGGCUGCGAUGCUGCCUCACUGCUCCCCCGCAGUCCCUCCCUGUCUGACUUUGUACGCAUCUACAAACAGCAGUGCUCCCAGUCUCCUGCCAAGCAGACGCGAUACAUUGUAAUGGAAAAAGCCGAGCUUCUGAGAGACACCGAUGCCAAUCUCCUCCCCGCUCUCCUGCGUCUUCAGGAAUUGGUUGAGGACAACAUUACUGUCAUCCUGCUCAGUGAAAUCGCCUGGGACAAGUUCAGACCGAACACGGGCUGUUUCGAGCCGCUUCUGCUCCAUUUCCCUGACUACAGUAAAGGUGAGUUGCAGCAGAUCUUGUCCCAAGACAGACAUCCUUCAUAUUCAGCCGAGCUUUACUCAUCCUACAUCAACAUCCUACUGGGAGUCUUUUACUCGGUGUGUCGGGACCUCAGAGAGCUGCGCCACCUGGCUGCCCUCAACUUUUCAAAGUUCUGUGAGCCUUUGGCAGAAGGAAAAGUGAAAGAGACUGACACACACAAGCUAUGGAGAAACAUAGAGCCUCAUUUGAAAAAAGCCAUGCAGACAGUUUAUCUUCGAGAAGUGUCCAGUCUUCAGUGGGAGCAGAUGCAGCAAAUGGAGGAGAAGGAAACUGGGGCCUUGAGAGGUUUAUCUGCCCACACUCAUGUUGAACUGCCUUAUUACUCAAAGUUCCUGUUGAUUGCUGCCUACCUGGCGUCUUACAACCCUGCCCGCACAGACAAACGCUUUUUCCUCAAGCACCACGGCAAAAUAAGAAAAACAAACUUCUUGAAGAAAAAUGAAAAGACUAGUAACCAUCUUCUGGGGCCCAAGCCUUUUCCUUUGGACCGCCUGCUCGCCAUUUUCUACAGCGUAGUGGACAGCAGAGUCGCCCCCACUGCCAGUAUAUUCUCACAGAUAUCCUCUCUGGUGACCUUACAGCUGUUGACUCAGGUCAGUCACGAUGACCAGCUCGAUGCCCCAAAGUACAAAUGUGCCGUUUCUAUGGACUUCAUCUGUGCCAUAUCCAGGACAGUGAACUUUGAUAUUGUCAAGUAUCUGUAUGACUUCCUGUGAGCCUGCUGUGAGUAAAGGAGACACAACACACUGUGACAGUGAGACAAAGGGGGGAAAUAUGUGGAGGGAAAUUGAUCCAAUUAUGCCGCUGCCCCCUUGUGGUUGAUAAAUGAGCUUUUUCCCGUUGAGUUUCUUCGCCUCAAACCAUGUUAAAUAUUUGCAUUUUCAACAAAAUAAAUGUCAUAUUGCCAAGUUGAUUCUACCUUGGUUUAGUGUUGGUGAAAGAAUGUUACAUUUGCUAUUUAUUUAUGAGAAAUAGCCUAAAAAGAGUAUUAUAGUUAGUAUGUUCUUUUAUUAUACUACUAAAAUGUCCUGUGUAUACUUUAACAUAGGAGUGGGAUUAGUGCAGAUACUCUCAGUUCUUCAUGCUUCAAACAAUGCACAAAAGAUUCUGGUGCAGCUCUGUGAUUUUUGUCUGACAUUAAGUGACCCUGGCACCAUGCAGGUGAAUCACUGUCCUCGCUCAAAGGCAGGAUUUUGUUUCUGUGAUGUGUUUUUACCCUGUUGUAAGAGAAAUUCACUGAAGUCUGAUCCCUUAACUGAGUUCCUGUUUACUCAUUCCCCUUUAACCUUUGAACUGUAAACUAGGCCAGUUUGGGUUUGUAAUCAUUUAAAGUAAACCACUGUCAGUCGUGACCCUCUGUAAUCAGUCGGUUUCUUCUUGUUUCUCUUCCAUUUCUUUCAAAUUUCUCUUGAUUUUUUUCCCUUGCUGUCUUUGAAUCGUUUUUAAAAGACCUGCAAUGCCUGAAAUUAUCCAGUCAUUCACAAGGAAAAAAUCGAAGACUAGAGGAGAUAUUGGAAAAAAUAGACAUUUUUGUUGCAGACAUUUAUUUAUUUUUUUCUGCUUUCAGUCCUUUCCUCAGAUUUAACUGUGUACCCACAGGUUGGAAAUCAUUGAACCAGAGAAAUCUUUAAAGCGCUGUGUCAUCCUAAUUGGGCAGAUGACAAUAUUCACCCUUAAACUUGUAAUUUGCCUUACUAUCGAUCAGUCCAGGCCAGCAUCAUUUGAACUUCUGUGACAACAAAGACCGGCCUUUGGGUGACGGCAGCAUUUGUAGGAAUCUGUGUCUUUGUCACAAUUAUUAAGAAGUUAGGAGAGAAGAAUAAAAACUUCCAUAAAAUUCA